AUGGAACCCGAAUCAGCCGUAGCGGACGCCGCGGGCUCCGCCGCCGGAGUUAGCGAUGCCGGACCAGGGGAAGCCAAGGGGGCCGAACUCUUCGAUGGAGUCGGUGCGGCGGUGGUUGGAGCCGCCGCCUUCAGAGAUGGCGAGGGAGCAGGCGUGGCAGCGGGUGGAGAUGCAGGGGGAACUGGAGCCGGUGGUGGUGCCAUCGGUGGUGGAGGUACCGCAGGUGGAGGGGUGGCGGGGGGCGGAGUGGCGACCGGAGGAGGGGUGGCGGGGGGCGGAGUGGCAACUGGAGGAGGGGUGGCGGGGGGCGGAGUGGCGACUGGAGGAGGGGUGGCGGGGGGCGGAGUGGCGACUGGAGGAGGGGUGGCUGGUGGAGGAGUGGCAACGGGAGGAGGGGUGGCCGGCGGCGGAGAGGCGACGGGUGGUGGUGUGGCGGCGGGGGGAGGAGAAGUGGUGGUUGGAGGGGGUGCAGCGGGGGUGGUGGGGGGUGUCGAGGCGGCUGGCGGAGGAUUGGUGGUGGCAGGAGGGGAGGGCGGUGAUUGGGCAGUGCAUGAGGUGGAGAGGAGGGCAAGGGAGAUGGCUAGAGCUAGAGUUGGUGUGUGGAACGCCAUGGCUCUUCUUUGUUUCACUUACUCUCAGAUGAGGUGAGGAAGAGAGAAUAUAUAAGUGUUUGUUGUGUUAGAAUGGAAGACUGAUAGCCUUUGGUAAUAUAUAUAGUGAGAAGUGUAGAGAUCUAGAGGGAGAGAGAGGCAGCGAGGCAAA